AUGCGUCCUUUCGAUCCCCUUCUGCUUUUCUCCCUCCCUGCCCUUGUCCUCGCAGCUCGCUCGCGUACCUGCAAGCCGACCAAGUCCAACGGCUCCUCCCUCGUCUCUGCUGCCUGGUACGCCGGAUGGCACUCCGAUGACUUCCCGCUCUCCUCCGUGAGCUGGGACAAGUACACGCACAUGACCUACUCCUUCGCCGAGACCACCGAGGACGUCAGCACGCUCUCUCUCAACGGCUCCAACCCGGACCUGCUCCCCGUUUUCGUCCAGACCGCGCACGAAAACAACGUCAAAGCGCUCGUCAGCAUUGGUGGCUGGACCGGGUCCCGCUUCUACUCCUCCGCCGUCGCAGACAGCGCGAACCGCACUGCCUUUGUCGACACCGUCGUCCAGUUCGCCACUCAGUAUGGCCUCGACGGUCUUGACUUUGAUUGGGAAUAUCCGGGUAAUCAAGGCAUUGGCUGCAACACCAUCAGCGCUAAUGACACCACCAACACCUCGGGCAUAGACAUAUGUUCUGGCCAGGUAAAUCCGUGCAACUUCCUCACCUUCCUUCAGCUUCUCCGCCAGGACCCCGUUGGCAGGGAUCUCAUCCUCACUAGCGCAACCUCCAUUUUCCCCUGGAUUGGUCCGACUGGCGACCGGCUCACCGACGUCUCCGGUUUCGCCGACGUCCUCGACUGGAUCGCUAUCAUGAACUAUGACCUCUGGGGCUCCUGGAGCGCGUCCGUCGGCCCCAACUCUCCUCUUAACGACACCUGCGCCUCCUCUGCGAACCAGCAGGGUAGCGCGGUCAGCGGCGUGGCCGCGUGGGCGGACGCAGGCAUGCCUGCUCAGCAGAUCGUGCUUGGUGUUGCCUCUUACGGCCACUCAUUCUCGGUCACCCCCACGGACGCGAUCACCUCCGACGGCCAAAUCAAGGCCUACCCUGCCUUCAACGCCGCCGCUCAGCCCCACGGGGACGCGUGGGACGACGACGCCAGCACGGACGUCUGCGGUGUCACCAGCGGUCCCGGCGGCAACUUCGACUUCUGGGGCCUGAUCGAUGCAGGAUUCCUGCUGGCCAACGGCACCGUCGCGCCUGGGAUCGACUACCGCUUCGACAGCUGCAGCCAGACGGCGUACGUCUACAACGAGACGAGCAGCGUCAUGGUCUCGUUCGACGACGCUCGUGCGUUCGCGGCCAAGGGCGCGUUCAUCAAGAGCAAUGGCCUCCGCGGGUUCGCGACGUGGGAGGCUGGCGGGGACUCGAAGGACAUCCUCCUCGACGCGAUCCGUUCUGGUGCUGGUGCGGUGUAG